AUGUUCCGAGAUUUGGAGGAGUCCCCGACGUCUGCAAUUCAGACUGACGAGCCGUCCAAUUUGCAUAUUGCGAAUUCGCAGAGUGAAAAUGAUUCUGUGCUGACCAGUGACUACCAACAUCACGACGACGGCAAGACACUUCUGUAUCCCAAUGCAGGCGAAUUGUAUCCUUUCAAAACUGCAGAAAGGAUUUUGGAAGAUGCCAAACUCGAAAUGAAAUUCAGAACAUCCACAGAUCUACAUAUAGCGAGUUCUGAGCUUCACAAUGGGGUGUUAAAACUGCCCAUUCUUAAGUACGCUCGCAAUAGAAUCCACGAUCCGCUCAGCAUUGGCUACUUGCUCGAUCAGGUGGCCUUGAAGACCCGUUACGAGUACGAAUCCAGAACCUGUUCUCAAUUGAACAAAAUUACAGUCCACAUGGCUGUUCUGAACGACCCCUCAAUUGUCCCCAACAGUCCCCAGGAGGUGGGUCGGGCUUCUCUUUUCCAUCUGAAAAUAACAGUCAAGACUAGGCUACAUUUGGAACGCUUGCGUAGGCAAGUAGGUGUUCGGCAUUUUCAUCUACUUUCCUCAUUGCAUCCUGCUGACGAACAAGAUCUAAUGUUAGCAGACCCUUCAGACCCGCAACUCGUUGAAUCCGUCAAGUAUGUUACCAACGACACAAACAAAUUAGUUUGCAUAGAGAUCUUCAAGCCUGAGUUCAGCGAAGCAGAUCUGGAAGCAUUCAGCCCCGAAAGCAUCCAUCAACGAUACACGGCAGCCUGUGAAAAAUAUCCGGACCUUGACUCCAGCAGCAUUCCUUCCCAAGCUGAAUGUUUCAGUACACUUCUCAAAAUCUUCAAAGGCCCACUGAAUAGACAGAGCCCUCAAGAUGUCCUGAAGACCAUAUCUGCUGAUAACAAGUUUUUGAAUUCUCAGUUAGACCCCAAUUGGUUGACUGAUAGAUUUCGUUUUCAAUUAUGCAAAGCUCAGGGGAAUGAUAAGGAAUCAGAUUCGAUUACUGCCAUGGAAUUUCAGCCGCCUGAUUUGACCAAUUACGUCGCAGACUUCGAUGUGAGGAAGCUUCGGGAAUCGUACGUUCGCAAAUGUCUCGAACUGGUGUUUCUGGGUAAAUUGUCAUCUGCUAUCAUGGCUAAAGACAAUGUUAAUCAAGACAUGAGGGUUCGGUCUUUCCAGCUAUACCAGAUAAGCUAUUCUCCCUCCUUUUUCUUCCAUGCUUUGGGCGAAACUAGAAGUAUAACAGAUAAAUGGAAUCAAGAACUCGAUGGAAACUUCAAUUUGUUAAUUCUUUCGGUAUGCCACUAUUACAAUGAUAAAGAUGUGAUUAAGAACUAUGAAUCCCAAAUUCGGUUAGAUCCAGCCAAUGCAGGUCUCUACUACGACGCGCUCACAUAUGUUGCAAACGUCAAGAGCAGCUAUCAGCUAAUAACUUAUGCUCGUAAGCAAGACGCUGUCGGCAAGGAGAGUCUGGACUCGGCUCUUCUACUUUUCGGUAUCGAACCGACAAAUGCCGAUUUAGCUUCUAUUGACGACGAAUUGUUGCUAGGAAUCUACCGGAAAGAGACCUAUCAGGCUAGUUCCCAAAAACACACCAAUCUAAGAAAUGCAUUAAAGCUGAUAGCCAAAGCCAAAAAUAGCGAAGCGUUAAGCUUUUACUCCACUCACGAGCCGUAUGAAAGCGUACAUCAAGCAUAUCGUAUGCUCGAGAUAGAUGAGUCUGUUGACGUGGAUGUUGUUCAGACUGCAUACACAAUAAAAGUGGCGGACUCCCCCGGUCUCAAAAUAGACUGUGACAGAGCUCUCUACACCCUGGCGGUAGGCAAGAGAAAUAUGGCACUUUUCAAGUUCCUUAUUGAACAAUGUCCUCAAUUCAAUGACUUUUAUUCUGUUGAUAGGCUAACUUAUCAAGGGGCUUUAGCAACACUACAGCUAAACGAAAAUGCUUCUGACGAGGUCGUUUUGGAGGUUUUUCAGAGAAAAUGGAAGCAAGAUCCAGUUAUAUCGCCGGAUUUAUUUUUACAGUCUGCAGCUGCUUUAUCCAAAAUUGGUCAAGAGCGCAAGUCAUUGCUAAUAGAAAGGUAUUUGGAAACGGGCACACUAGAUGUCAGAUGUCUUCCAGCAGGAAAUUGGCCCACUGGCUUGAACAAUAUCGGAAACACCUGUUAUUUAAACUCUUUGCUCCAAUACUAUUUCUGCAUUUCGCCAUUGCGGGAUGCUGUUAUUAAUUAUCAGAGAACUUUGAGCGAGUUCCAGCUGUCACUUGGUCAUCUGAGUGGAAAAAGGAGAAUCGGAGGACGGGAGGUCAGCGACCUCGAGGUUGAGAGGUCAGUUCAGUUCGUUUAUCAACUACGUGAUCUAUUUUCCAGUAUGGUGCAUUCUAGCAAUAAAUAUGUGACGCCAACAAAAGAGCUCGCAUACCUUGCGUUUGCGCCAAGUAACAUUGAAGUGGAGUUUGAAGAGACCCCACCAGAAAAGAUCGUUCCAAAGGCAACUAAUAUUGCCGUCAUUGACCUCACCAAUGACAGCAGUGAAGAUGUCAAUAUGCUCAAGUCAACUCCUCCUGAAAGCGAAGUGGAAGCUAAUGCUGUUGAUAGUGAUUCUUUACUCGGAGAUCUCAAAACAAUAGAGCCAAUAGUAUCCUCCACCAGGGUUGCUAAUAUCAGUGCAGAUCAACUCGAAAACGCACUAGAAAUGGGACGACAGCAGGAUGUGACCGAAUGUAUUGGAAAUGUGUUAUUUCAAAUGGAAAGCGCAUCCGAGCCCAGCAACCUCGACGAAGACGGUGAGCAGCAUGAUCUUAUCAAAGAUCUAUUUUACGGUAAGUUGAAACAGGACUUAGUUCCCUUGAAUGAUGCCAAUAAAGUCAGGACUAAGAUUGAACGCUUUGUCUCGCUAUUGAUAAACGUAGUGGACCAACCAAAAGACGUUUACGACGCUCUAGAUCAAUAUUUCAAGGACGACAUGCUACAACUGGACGAUGGACACGUCAAAAGAAGUGUAGCGGUGACAGACCUCCCAACCGUAUUGCAACUUCAGAUUCAACGAGUAUACUAUGACCGCGAAAAGUUCAUGCCGUUCAAGUCCAUCGAGCCCCUGCCAUUCAAAAAGACGAUAUUCAUGGAUCGGUACAUGGACACGCAAGAUACGCGUUUGCUGAAGAAAAAGGAGGAGGCCGCCAUUCUCAAAGAAGAGCUGAGAGCUCUGAAGCAAAGGCAACGCGAACUUUUGGACAAGAAUGGCAGCGGACUAAGUUUCAAAACUUCGCUGCUUGAGACCAAGAGGUUUUUACAGUCGAAUGUUUUGCAACAGCAUAGCAUCGAGCUUGAAAACAAAGACCAGUCUAUUAGGACUAUUGACUCGCUUAUUUUGAAGAUUGACAAUGAGCUGGCAGAGAUAUACCAUCGGAUCAAUAUUCUGGAUAAAAAGCUAAGUGACCAUUUUGAUGAAUUCCAAAGCCACGAAUACUCGCUUUUUGCCGUUUUCAUCCACCGGGGAGAGGCCAGCUAUGGACAUUAUUGGAUCUACAUCAAAGAAUGGUCGCGUAACGGGAUAUGGCGCAAAUAUAACGACGAAACCGUUACUGAGGCGCCUGAAAGCGAAGUGUUCAAUUUUGCCGUUGGAAACACCGCGACGCCGUACUUUUUGGUAUACGUCAAACAAGGUCAAGAAGGCAUAGUAGAGCCUCUGAAAAGGAUAGUGAACGAGCCAAGUUGA